GAUGCAUUGUAUCCACCUCAAAAAACUAAUGAACUUGAUCACCAAAUCUCUUGUAUCUCUCUAUCUCUUUUGCCCCCACCACCUUCAUUCAUACUUGAUGGAGGACAAGGAUGAGGAUUGCUCGAGUAGUAACAAUAGGAGUAGUAGCCAUGGAGGAGGAGAAGUGGAGGGAAGCUUCUUAUCGGAGUAUUUCAGUAGGGCGAAGCUUGUGGUGCUUGUUAGCAUCACUGUAGCACUGUUGCUGCUUCCGUUGGUGCUGCCGUCGUUGCCCCCGCCGCCUAUGGUGGUGUUGUUGUUGCCGAUAUGCUUGCUCAGUUUAUUGUUCAUCUUAGCUUUUAUGCCAUCUGAUAAAUUGCUUCCCCUGUCAAAUGAGAUGUGGUAGUGUAAUGCUCUAAAGACUUAGUUUCAAUUGUUAGUUGUUGAGCACAUGAAUGUUUGAUGAGCUUUUAGUGCUUUAUCAUGCAAAUUAGUUGAGCUUUAGUAACUA